AUGAAGUUUCUGGCGCUAAUCAAUCCGCUUGCGAUGCGCCGCCACAUCAAUUCAGAAUCGUUUGAGGUUUACGAACGUGUAACUGGCCUAUACAAUGACUUGCAGUGGCCAGCCGAUAUGUCAAGUGAUGCUAAAGCGAUCGCAAGAGGUGAUAGUCGCUCGGGGCCAGAUCCGGGUCGUACCGAGCUUCGGGUGCUUCUUGCGGAUCUUGUCGGCCAGUCUUUGCAGUUGAGCGCAGUAGAAAUCGGCGGUAACUGUCGUGUUGUCUGGCAGCAGUUCGAAACGGUAGAUUCCAUGAACUCCCCACCAGACGUAGAGGAUCCAUUUUUCAUCUCCAGUGACAAUGGUGUCCAGCCAGUCGAAUCUACGGCUUCUGGAGAGCAGCUGAGUGCAGAUGUCCGAGCGUCCUUGACGGUUGCCGUCGCUCAAUGCAUGUGGGAGCCACCGACCGAGCUUUCUCACCAUCCCGAGAGAUCGCAGUCCAUUACUCACGGUGGACAGCGAAGAGCCAAGACUGGCAGCAAAACACCGCACACCUUCAUAUAA